GUGACGGAAUUGAUGGAGGAACAUGGAAACUGCAUGCCAAAAUAACUUACAAAGUUACACGCGCAGCAAAUGCAGUACAAAUGUACAUUAAUGCUUACUCGUAGUGUAUCCUGUGUGAAUUAGGAAUACAGUACAUACCGGAAGUUGCUUACCGCCUGCGGGUGUCGAGCUUGAAGUUGAGACCAACAUUCUGUUUUGCACUUUUUUAGAUUGGCACUGGCGAAAGUUUGUUUCUUCAGAUUUAACUGAAUCUUACAAAUUGUUGUUUUCCUUUUUAUAUGUGCACUUCUGAGAUCUUCCUGCAGAUUUUGCGGGAAAUUAUGGCACGCGCUUUGAUCUUCUUUGAUGGAUGCUGAACAAUGCAGCGAUUACUGCCUAAGCGCAACACGAAUUCUGUUGAUGAUCCAAAUAACUCGGUUGAACUGCAUCAGCCUCCUCCGCCGAUCCCGACCGUUGGUCUGCCAACGUACAUCCUAGUGCCCGUUGCGCCUGUAUCACUGCCUCAACGUGGCAGUCGUCCUCGCAACCGACAGGUGUCCGAGGACAUUCCACUCCCAGCUGCUGCCAAGAAACGACGACACCAUGGAUCUUUAUCAGACGUCAACGAAUCUCGCACGAAGCUGGCCAAACUCGGCCGAUCUCUGCGCGAAACAUCCGUGAGCACCGAUGAAAAUUGUUCCGAUCCCAAUCAGUGUCGACGCUGCGUGAAUGGGAACGAUGAACCGUGUGUGCUGCAUUCGCGGCUGAUCAGCGACACUCCGACGGUGGCCCGAGCAUACGGAAGUCUGCCUUCUCAAUUAUACAUCGCGCAGAAGGAAGGAAUGCUCGACCCGGGUGUCUUCGCCAAGCGCGCCAUCCCCCACCCGAGCGUCUUCGGCCCGCUACUGGCCCCCCUCACGCCGCACCCCGUGGCCGCCUUCGCCGUCGACCACCGCUUCGGACUGCGCGAGAAGAAGGGAUCCCGCGGAGAAAACGCAGGUGUGCGGGUGUUCGACCUGAAGAGCGACGAUCUGUGCAACUGGAUCAAGUUCGUCCGCGAGGCCGUCGACGCGGAACAACAGAACCUCGUCGCCUUCCAACAGGACGACCACGUCUACCUGGCCACCACUAAGGACAUCCCCGCCGAGACGGAACUCUGCUUCUGGUACUCCACAAAAUACUGCCAACUCCUCAACAAAGAAAAUCUUUCCCCGGAAUCGUUUACCGAAGGCUUGUCGGAAAACAAUGAGAACGAAGUUGAUUUAUCCAGUCGACUGGAGAAUCCUGCCCCAGCUGUUGGCGAUGAUCUGGGUUAUUCCCUGGCAGCAAACGCGGAAGGUAUGUCGGUAAACGAUGAAAAUACCGCUCGUGUACCAACGGCGGCAGCGUCCGCCGAUGCCAAUCAGUUAUUUCCUUCCAUUGUUACGGCACUGGAACUGGUCAGCGGGAAUGUGGAGAAAGUAUCCCUCAACGUAAACCAUAAUGCGGAUAUAAAUCGGCAAAUAAAUCCCGGGAAGAAAACGCGACGAGUGAGUGUUAAGCCGCGCAGAGGAUACGGUUGGUCGCGAAUGGAAGAGCACUGGCUGGCGGAAUGGUUCCGCAACGGCGAGAAUGCUCUGCAAUGGCAGCGCGCCGUAGAAAGUGACGCGAUUGCGACGCCAGAUUCCGGUCGCCGUACUAGCAGCGACGUGGCUGGUAAUAUUUCCCAGUAUUUAAUCCAGAAAGGAUGUUUUGCUUUCGAAGCCGACGUCAUUCAGCGGCGCAUCGCCAAGAUGCAGGGCAAAACGUCGCACCCGGUCGCGGGUUCCAAGAAAUCCUACCGCGCGGGGAAUCUCGAGAAAAAUAUUGACGAGUUUGAGGUCAUCCCGGAAACAUCGUUACCAGGACUUCCGGCCAGUGAUCCGCCAGAAAUGACGUCGCCACAGCGGAAUCCGAAAAAGCCGGUGAGGCGGGUUGAAAUGGCGGCAGCGUGUAACGCGGUGAAUGUUUCCGCGGAAGUGCCGGAAAUAGGGCCGUCGGAGGAACCUGCGAAAUCGGCCAAAAAGAAGCGCGCCAAAAAGCACCUCUAUUCGAAAGCCGAUGAAGCCGCUUUAGUAGAUUGGUUGGAGACCGAUGAUAAUUUGGAAAAAUGGAGGAACGCGGGCGUUAAGGACCCGUCUGCUGAAAUUCCGUCGGAUAACCAGAAUAAAGCCACAUUAGCCAGAAUAGCGCGGGAGUGGAUUGUCGAGCGGUGUGGAAUUACAGCGGGGCUGUUUGCCGUGAAAUCGAUCAAGGAGAAAGUGGCCGUUAUGAUCAGUGACUGGAACAGGGCCAACGUGUUUAUGCAGCGCACCGGCAGGGAGGCGGUGACGCUGGAGGGAGCGUGGAGAUUGAAGCGGCUCGGUCAUGAAUCAUUGCCGACCUGUUCCGAUUCGCUGCCGUUCACUGAAGAAGCAGCGUCGAUAAAUGAUGGUGUCUCGUCAGAGUUGCCGCAAACCGAAGCGGUAAUAGAUGACGGAGGCGAUAAUCGGCAUUGCGAUGAAGAGCUCGUGUCGUUUCUGUCCGGGAAAGCGCUCUCCCACCGCAUCUGGCCGCCAUCCCGCUGCAACCGCAGCAAGAAAUUCCACUGUCGGCAGGGUUGCACGGCAAGCUUUCGCAAGAUCCUCACGCGCGACAUCCACCAUCUGCGCCAUCGCAGCUGGCUCUGGGAAGCCCGAGAAUCUUCUCCCGUUUGUCCCGAGUGCGAUUUUUUUGCGGUUACCUGGGUGGCGCUGUGCGAUCAUGUCGAUGAAGAGCAUCGAUUGCCGGGUCCGGCGCUGAGGCCAAUAAAAUCGAGGCGCAUGAAGCGGAUUAAGAGUGCUUCAUAUCCAAAAAUUAUAUGCCCGUAUCCAAAAUGCGAAGAAUGCCAAAUGGAAUUCAUCUCGCGUACGGUCCGCGAAGUCCACUACUGGCGGCAUGAGAAAACGUUGCCAGUGGAUACCGGCGAGGAGCAGCAGUGCCCCGCCUGCACCUUCUCCACGGUCCGCCGGUCGGUGUUGAUCGCGCACGUGGACGAGCGGCAUUCGCGGAAGGAUCUACACCAGUGUCCGCGCUGUAAACGCUCCUUCAUCUCCUACCGGCGCCUGGAGCGCCAUAUCCAGCAUAAACAUCUCCUGACUGAUGCGGAGAAGCCUUUGGAGUGCCCCACGUGCCAUAAAAAGUUCUCGUCUAACCCUCCUUAUGUGCGGCAUCUCAAGUCUCAUCUCGGGCCCGACCACAUCAGUUGUCCAUUAUGCGAGGCGAAAUUCCCUAAGACGCCGAAACUCUACGAGCACAUGCAGCAGUUGCACUCGGUCGAUGGCCAGUUGGUCUGCACGAUCUGCGACAAAAAAUUCCCGAUCAAAUGCAAAGAGAGCUUCCGGAACUUCCGCAUCCACGCCCGGAAACACGUGGAGAGCAACGAAUGCCCCUGCCAUAUUUGCGGGAAAAUGUGCAAAAGUUCCAGCGCCCGCUCUAAACACAUGGAAGGGGUGCACAGCGCCGGCCGGCAUCACGUAUGUGACUGCGGCAAAUCCUUCCCCACGCGGCCGCAUCUCCGUCAGCACCAGAAAGUGGUGCAUCAGAAGGACAAGGUGGACGGGCGGAAGAACGCAACAGGUGGCAAAAGUGUGGCGCAGAAUAGAGACUACGUUCCGCCGCAAAAAAUGAAGCAUUUCACUGAGUUCCCGUACCAGUGCGAGGAGUGUCAGCAGGGAUUCGUGCGGCGAGGGAUGUUCGCCUAUCAUCUGACCGUCCGCCACCCGGGGCGGUCGCUGGAUGCGGAGCCGCAGCUGAUGCUCUCCAGCACCGCCGUGCAUCCAAAUCAGUGACCUUUGCCCACAAGGAUAAACGACGCGGUAUUCCUACUGUUUUCUGUGAAUAGUGUGUUGUGUUCUUUUGAGUUGUUGUUCUUCGGAAAUUGGUCAUUUCAUGCUGGUGUCUUCAUAAUGUUUUGUUUGACAAAGUUCUGUUUUGUUUGACAAUUAUGGAAGAACAUGGUAGCUGCAUAAAAAAAUCAACUUG